UUUCUCAUUAGUUUGCCGACUAUAUGAAAGACAAACUUGCAACUAGACUUGACACAGGAGAACUUUAUCACCUGUUGAAUGUAAACUACAUCCUUGAAGGACCUUCUCAACUGCUUGAGGUAGCCAGCUGUGCUGGCAAUAUAUGACUGCACUUAAGAACGUAUCUGAAGUAUGUAUUUCGCAUAUAUGAAGUAGCAGUUCAGAGGAACAUCAUUCCAAACAACAAAGACAGCGCUUCAUUUCAACAGCACAAAUACACAGAGGUUAAGACAUUAAACCAUGUCUGGAUACACCAUUGCCUGUGGAAUCUCAUUGGACGUAAUCUGAAAUGAGUAAAUAAACUAAACGUCAGCUUUGAUGGUGAGUUAGAGAUCAUAUGGCCCAUUUAAGCCACCCAGAGAGACCCAAUCAGUAAUGCAGGGAUAUAGAAAGAAAACUACAGAAGCCAUCUGUUUGUAAUAUAAACUGAAAAUUUAACUUUGUGAACGAUUACAAUAGCUGAACAUUUGGAUGACUUUUAAGCUGAAUGUAUCUGUCAUUUGCUAAUGAAACAAAAGGAAAGCACCAAUCAUAGCCCUUCAUCAUUAAGAGCAAGGGGUACGCGUGCCUUCCGAGAAACCGUCUUGGAGAAAUCCUGGUAAACUCUGGUAAAAAGACUGGAACUUAUAAAAAAACGAAGAAAAAUAUCUGGAUCGGUGGAUAUAAACAGACACAGACAAAUCAAACAGUGGAGAGUCUUGAGCCCUCACCGGAUUUGCAAUAGAGCAUAUCCAAGUUGUGAAAUUCUCUUGGAAGUUUUCCAUGGGAACUGCUCCAAAGUGCAUUGAGAAGUGCCUCCUGGGAGGUCUUGUUAGAGUUUGAGUCAUAUUGUGUGGAUUGAAUGUACAAGUGCAUUUUUCAGCUCAUCUCUGGUGGGUAAUGGGUCUGCUCGGAGGAUUACCGUGAAGACAAACACCUAUCAAAAUGUAGAGCUUUCACUUUGAUCCUUGCUUCUUCAUAAAUCGAAAGGGAUAAAACAAGCCGAAACCGCCUCUAACAAGCCAAACUUACACCUCUGCUGAGUAACAAAAAGCUUGUCACACCCAGGCGAGCGUGCACGCUAAGAGGGAGAUCAGUGAAGAGAGAGUUUGUUAAGGAGCGACACAACCAGGCACAGAAGCAGAGAUGGAUUAUAAACAUGAACCGGUGAGGAGAGGGGACAGCUGGGGUGGGCCGACUGCCACAUCAUCCACCCCUGACAGGGCUGUAGGAGAGAAGUCCCUGGAGAGAACCUGGAUCUUGGAGAAAGAUGACCACUGUGGGGUCAAAGGAAAACCAGACUUGACGACGUGCAUCAGCCAGGUGGAACGGAAAACAAACCUCAGCAGAAGUGCCAGUUUGUCAGAGAAAGAGCUGAAGGAGGCGCGAACCAAAAGUCAGAUCAUCGCUGCUCAGCUCCAGGCCAACUCCAACUCCAAAGGUGUCCAGCUCUUCAAUCGCCGUAGACAGAGAGUAAACGCUUUCACGCUUGUGAGUGUCGGAGGAGGCGGAGCAGAAGAGUCCAAGAAUGUAAUUGACUCACCUUCUAAAGGUCCAUGGGACAAACCACACACAGCUAAGGACCACAAGGAGUUAAAUCACAGAAAUCUCACGUGGUCAGCCGGAAAAAUCUACGGUGGUGGGUGCAACAUGGAGGAUGUAAGCGAGGUUGUGCGUGAGGAUGUAGUCGAGGAGCGUGAAAGACACUUUCUCCCUGUCAAUGAGAAAGAUGAGGAGCUUUCAGAAGGUCUUACAGAAGCAGUAAAGGAUGAAAUUACUUCUGGAAGUGACAGUAAUACGGUAGUUUUGGACAGCGUUGCUCAGGAGGAACCUCAGGAAAAUGGAGGACACGCUCACUCUGUAGAUACCAAUAAAGACUUGAACGGAUACAGUACGCAGUGCAAUGGAAAAAUAACCAAGGCGGUGACAACAAAAACCUCCAUUAUCAACCGAACGGCUCGGCCAUUUUUCUCCCCAACAACAGUAGGCUCUUCAGAAGUUGUAAGUCCAGUGAUGGACAUCCCACCAGCUCCAUCCUACGACUCCCCACCGUUACCCCCCUUCCAAGAGCCCCCUACCACAUACUUUCAACCACAAUCUUUCACAGCACACACACGACCUGUCUUCUCUCAACCACCCCCUCCGCCUUCAUAUCCAACUCCUCCACUCCCAUCCUACUCCAUCCCACCUCCACCUGACACAGCCAUCGCUCCCUCACCCCAGCCUUCCUCGUGCUAUAUUUGCCCAUCUGCCCCCAGACCCACAUUUGUUCCUGAGCUCUUGACCAAGAAGAGGUCUGUGACGCCCAUCAAAACCGGCAUCCUCGAUGAGGGCAUGGCUCGCCGAGCAACCCGCAAGUCCAUGUUCACAUUUCAAGAGAAGCCAAAAGUAGCUCCAAACCCUGAACUCCUCUCCUUGGUGCAAGGAGCCGAUGAGAAGAAGAAACAGAAAGCCCAGCCAGAUCCAUCACAAGAGGAGGAGCUGCUGGCUCUCGGCGCCGAAGCCUCAAACUUUCUAGCCAAGGAGGAGGUUGUUCACAAGGACGCGUUGGUGCCAGAGUGGGCCUCGUGUUUGAAGAGCUCCAGGACGCAUGCCAGGACAGAGCACAAGCCUGAGCAGGCCCUCACCAACGCUUCAGGGAAAGGAGCUGAACUGUUUGCCAAACGCCAGUCUAGGAUGGAAAGGUACGUCCAUGAUAGCAAGGAGCAGAGGAGGUCUCCCUCUCCGACCAUGUCUUUACCGCCAUCCUGGGUGUAUCCAUCUAACAUGCCUGGUCGUGUCAAAGCCAUCGUUAACUCUUCAAACGUCAGUGCACAGAUUUCGAUGACGCUGAAAGCUCACCACGGCACACAAAAAAAGACUCCGGUCAAAACGCCAGAACCUUCUCCGGCUCCAGAGGUGCCUUUGGAGAACGGCUGCACUAAAAUCGAGAUGGAGCUGUCGAAACAUCAGCCAUACCAGCUCAACUCAUCUCUCUUCAUCUUCAACCCAACUAAAGAUCCAUAUAGCACUCUUCCCAGAGCAGCCCCGCCUCCUAAGCCCGUCAUGACAGGCUACACUUUCUCCAGGCAAACCUCGCUUCCCACAAGUCAAUUGCCAUCACCAUACAGCCCUUCUGCUGCCUACAGGUCCACCCAUUGCUUUUCUCCUCCCAUGAUGCCUUGCAGUCCCUGCAUCAGUUCUCCAGUGUCUCCUUUAGCUCCAGAAAGAGUGGCAUCGCCCCGCUCUGGCGUCCAGGUGCCCAGACCCACGUUCUCAGCCAAAAAAGCUGGUAUCACCCCACAGAUCAAGGAGGAAACCCCGAUACCGAUCACCAGCCCUGGUUCCACAACCCCGACUUCCUGGACACCCAACCUCACACGACGCUUUACCAGUCCAGAUGUGCUGUCCAGUGCAGUCUGGUCUCCCAGCAGCCCCGUGGUGACCUCCACAUCCACUAACCCCAUCUACAAGCCCACACCAACCUCCCAUUCCCCCCGACCGAUCCAUAAGCUCGCCACAACUUCUCCAUCUCCGGGAACCAUCUUCAAACCACCUGCCACCUCUCCUCUAUCUCCACCCUGGGAAAACAGGUGCCACUCCCCGGCCGUCAUCCAGGACACCAAAGCCAACCACCGAAUUUUGGCCAAAAACAUCAUCAAUGCUGCCAAGAGAAAAAACAGUCCGUCUCCAGGUGCUCUGAGCGGACACAGCCUGCCCAUCUCCCCGGUGAGCGCUGGCACCUCACCUAAUGAUCACAAACCUGUAAGCCCCUUUCAGCCACGGAUGCUGGGCGCUCAGUCGCCCACCCUUACCAGCCCAUCUCCCACCCAUAUGAUCCACUCUCCGGUGCGCUUGUACAACACUCGCUCUCUAACUGAUUCUGAUGCCUCGGUCGAGUCAGAGGAUUCGGGUCUGCGCUCGCCUGGGGUGCGCAGCUACAAAACCUGCCCCCGUGGAUGGACGGCCAGUUUGCAGGUGAAGAGAGGGAGCGUGCCUGAGGAUCUGUAGGAAGCACUUAGACGAUUGUAUUUCAGUCUGAAAUUCAUUAAGAACGGGAUCUAAAGAAACUUUUGAUUGUUGAAUGUAUAAGAUUUGGGAUUUGCUGCACAUGGCUACAUUGCAUUUGUUAUCAUGUUUAUGUGUGAUUCAUUUUUUACAUGUUAAGGGAUGAAAAUACAGUUAUCAUUUAUUCUUGUGGCUACAUACUCGUAUGGCUUUUGAGUGGGGCACUAAAGGAGAUGCGAGGCAGAUUUUUACUUUUGCAUACUGUACAAUCAAAGUGAAUAGGAAGGGAUGCUGGAAUAUCGGACAUCGCAUUCUUUCUGAAGCCAUACUUUGUGUGAGAAACAGACUAAAUAUAAAUGAAGAGUUUGGUUCCAAAAUGAGAUAACUCCGUUUUAAUUUUUUUUCAAAAAUCUUGUUUUUUAUUGUGCAUUUCAAUUAAUGUCAGUCAAACUGCAGUUGGUUUGUUUUGAUUUAAGCCAUAAAAACUCAAAAGAUACAGCCAACUAACACAAUAAAACAAUAAAAAUAUGAUUAAAAAAAAUCUCAUUUUGGAACCAAAUUCUUCAAAUAUAAGUCUUUUUUUUUGCUAAUAAUAAGUAUUAUUUGCUGGAAAUCUUUCUCUCUGUUGUAGCUUGUAAAAGAAAUAAAUCUCAAAUUGUGGAUCUCAGCCUUUUUUACUUUUAGGCCCUCAUUGUCCAAAACAAUAUUUUAAGGUCCCACCACUUACAAUUCUAGCCAAUAAAAUAUUUCAGAGCAUGUACUGUUUAUUCUACAGAGAUGUAUAUUAAAUAAACAAACACAAGAUCUUGGUUUUCAGUUUUUGUUUAGUUUAUAAUACUGUUUUGUCCUAUUGUAAAUAUUUUUGGCAAAUUUGAGCCCCCCCCCAGUUGAGAAACAGUGAUCACAUGAUGUUUUUUGUCAUUUUUAGCAUCAUACAGCAUCCCACCCUAUUUACUUACUGUAUAUUAUAUAGUAAAAAAUCAUUCUGCCUGACACCUCCUUUAGUGUAUAAUGCAACCUAGAAGGUCCAGAAAUAGGUUUGGUUUGGAAUAACAUGAGGAUGAGUAAAUGAUGACAGUAUUUUAAAGCAAAAUUUGGGCCUCUGUGCAGCUGUCUGUAAUCUUAUGCAGAAGGGAUUGUGUGGAUUCAAAAAAUAUACCCAAAAAACUGACACUUAUUACCAAAGAAAAAAUAUAAUAUGCAAGGGUUUUCAAAGCAGUAUUUGUUAUUAAUCUCAUUUUUAAUAUACGUAAUAUAAAAAGGUUUAUCCUUAUGCUUUUUUUGUACAAAAUUGCUUUGACAGUAUUGCUUUGAGAGUAUUGGAAUGUUGUUGCACAGUGACAAAAUUUGAAGGUCUGACUCAAGUGAAACUUGGAAGGAACAGAUUACUUAUUGCUGAUAAUAAGUCAAUUUACACUAGAUGUAAAGUAAAUACUGCAAAGUUUUACAGUGUGAAAAGAGAGUGGCUGGAAUUAUCUACAUUGCAUGAACCAUAAAUGGAAGAUGCUGGUGAUUUGAAAUCCAAUGCCGCUUCCAUUCUGGUUUUGUGCUGACUUGCAGGAUGGUAAUAAAAUAGGUGGUCGUUUUUAACAAAUGCCUCCGGUGAUCUGCUGUGAAAUAGGACAGAAGAGAACACAGCACAUAGAGUUCGCAAAAAAAUAAGGAAUAACGGGAAUUUCAGUAGUCAAUAAUGUGUCUUGCUUAGUUCAUUAUAUUUCACUUCCAAAUAAAAAGUUAUUGGUUAGUUUUUCCAGGCGAUACCUACAGUAUAUAUUCUAAAUUUCACAGCAGCUUUACACUAUACAGUGUCACACAAAAUGAACUUCAGUAGUUUGGGGUUUAGGCUGUUUUAUUACUUUUUUGGUACAGUAAGGUGCAAGGAAUUAUGGUAUAUUUGCUUUUUUACACAUUGCACACACAAACAAAUAUAUUCUUGGGUGCAUGUAAGGUUUGUCAUAUAAAGUUAAAAGUCACCCAUGAUGCUGUCUGUCUGUACACAGCAUGCAUUACGCCAGAUUGGUAUAUUUUUCACAAAACACAUUGUAUUCUGUUUUAGUAAAAGGACAUUCACAGUAUAAUAUCGAACCAUUGUAUGCCAUAGUUCUGAAAUCUGUCUCUCUGCUAAUAUUGAGCACUCUAGCGAGGAUUAAGUCUCAUGUAGGCCAGUCUACUCAUGUUAUGUACUCGAGUAUUGAAUCACAGCACAUGAGAAAGUGAUUCUCUACAUUGGUACAUCAGCAGGUUCAUGAGCAUGUAAACAUGGUUUGAUUGACAGGGACAUCAGCUGCAGAAUGACUUGGCACCUUUGGCUAGAAAAAUCUUCUCAGCAUCAAGGAUGUUUUACAGCCCCAGUGAGCUGGUGUAAUCCUUCCUUUGCUCUUCUGGGAGAUGUUAUGCGUAAUUGAACUGACAUGUACGUUUUUGAUGUCAUGUUUAAGGAAUCUGCUCCAACAUUCUCUCUCGCUGUCUUUACAAUUCUUUGUAAAUAAAAGUAAUACACACAAAUAAAUAAUAUCU